AUGAAGCUCAUCCUCGUCCUCUGCGCUCUCGUCGCCUUAGCUGUUGCCAAUUACGGAGUGAACAACGGAGGAUACAACCAAGUCGCCUACGGAAACCAAUACGCACUCGAAAGCCCGUUCUACAAACCACCACACUACAAACGUAGACAUGGAAGACACGGAAGACACGGAAAACGUCAUCACAGAGACUCCAGCGAUUCUGAUUCCGACUCAAGCUCUGGCUCUCAUUCUAGCUCGUCUGAAUCCCACAGCUACGAACAUGAUGGACACUACUAUCCACACCCAAUGCCAAUGCCAUACCCAGUCCCAAGCUACGGAAAUAUGGCUAACGAGCCCCCAGCAGCUAACACAUAUGGUUCUCCAUCCAACGACGUCCCAGCUCCAGCUCCAUACGGUGCCAAUACUUUCGGACGCAAGUAA